UGGCCGCCAGUCGGUUCAGGGUGAGAUUACUUUGGAGGUUAUCUCGAUACGCUUUCAGCAACUGUCAAACGAGACGUGACGCGGCGCGAUUCGCGAGUGAAUUGAAUAUUCAACUCGCGAUUCCGUGAUAUCGCAGUCAAAAUGGGAAUUUUUUUUGCAAAGAAGAAGCAACCCAGUCGAGUUACUGAGCAGGACAAAGCGAUCUUGCAAGUGAAACAAGCGAGAGAUAAAAUUAAACAGUACCAGAGAAGAAUUGAACAAAGUUUAGAGAAAGAACGAUUACUCGCAAAAGAACUUUUGAAAAAUGGCAAGAAAGACCGUGCAUUGCUUUUGUUGCGCAAAAAGAAAUAUCAGGAACAAGUUUUGUCACGUGUAGAUGGCCAGUUAGAGAAUCUUGAACGUAUGGUUCAUGAUCUGGAAUUUGCUCAAGUUGAGAUAAAAGUUGUUGAUGGCCUAAAAAUUGGUAAUACUGCACUAAAACAGCUACAUGAUUUGUUGUCUAUUGAUGAAAUUGAAAAAAUAAUGGAUGAAACAAGAGAGGGUCUCGAAAAGCAGAGAGAAAUUGAUGAAAUAUUGUCAUCAACAAUUACUGCGGAAGACAAUAUUGAUGAAGAUGAAAUUGAAACAGAAUUAGAUGCGUUGUUGAAAACAGAGAUCAAUGAGAAAGCUCCUGAAAUACCAAAGAAUGUUAUACUACCAGAUGUGCCAAAGGAUUUGCCUGAGGAGAAUAAAAAUCGUACAAAAGAAAAAAUUCAGGAACCUAUUGCAGUAACAGCAUGAAAAUUUUAGGGAUUUUGACUGGUUUUUGCUAAAUUAAGACUAUGUAUUAAAACUAUGUAUAUAUGUACAGUGAAAAUGUAUAAUAACUUAUAGAUUUAUAACUAUAAGAUUUAUCUAUCAAAGUCACAUACACACAGACGUAUAUAUAUAUAUUUUACAUAUUUUCAGUUAAAACAAAAAUGUCAAUUUUAAUAACUUAAUGCGUUUUAAAUAAUGUUAUUCAUUUUUUUUUGUCGAAAUAUAUUUUAUCUACGUAUAAAAAUGUAAUGAUGCAAGAAAGAUAAAUCAUAUGAAUAAACAUAAUUUUUUCAUAUACAUAUAUUCAUAGGCUGUGUUCCAAUAUUCACUGCAGUACAGAAAAUCUAUAGUGCAUGUGACGUAAACUAAAUUUUCAGUACGGGCAUAUUGCAGCCUUAAUAUGUGAUUAAGGAUAUACAAUAAUUAUAUUAUUCUUUUUUAUAUAGAUAAAUAUUUAAACAUAUAUUGUGCAAAGGAACAUAUUUAUAUAAAUGGAGGUGAAAACUGUGUUAAUUUUCGGGAAUUUUAUUUAUUCUAAAACAGUUCUCAUUAUAAUUCUGAGCAUAUACAUGCAUUUUAUUUUUUCAUUCUUUAUAGAAUUCUAAUUAAUAGCAGUAUUAAAUAAUUUUUUAUUAAUGAAUUUUACUCGAGAAAGGCAUAUUUUUAUAAGAUGAGACGUUAAUGGAUUUUCAAGAGUUCUGUAUGUUUUAAAAUAGUUUUGGUAUAAAAUAGUUCUGAUCAUAUUUCUAUAAUUUCUAAAGAAUUUUAAGAUAGUUAUUUUAUGAAGCGUUUUCUUCUAUUUAACAGUUGCAAAAAAUUAUUUAUUUAAAUUAUCAGAAACUUGAGAAUUAUUGACAUAUACAUACAAUGAAACUAAAAAUUUA